AUGGAUGAGCCAGCGUGCAAGAAGUUGAAAGUUGAUUCUGCACCUUGUGCAGACUACGAAGCUGGAGAUAAUUUGGAUGGUUUGAGUGAGCUCGAAAAGUUAGAACCCUUACCACAAUCUGGGCACAUUGGCGGCGAUGUACCGACCACGUCACAAUCCACAAUGCCAGCUCCGAUGGCACCAGCUGGUUAUGGCCAAGCUGGAGGAGGUCAACCGGGCGGACAACCUUCUCAGGGUGGUCAGCAGCAGUCUGUUUUACAGGUAAAUUUGAUUUGUGAACUUUGUAAUGUUUCGUACACGGUCUCAUUGAACUACAUGAGGAAGAAGCUCUUUAGGAGUUGUUAAUG